AUGCAUUUGCAAGGAAGUGACUCAGAGCUUGCAAAGCUAACCUAUUUUUUAUUCAGAAAUUCGAGAACCUUAUUAGUAGCUAGAUUAAGGUAUGACAUUGAGAAGAUAAAACAACAAACACAAGUCAUUACUGAAAUGCAGUAUGCUAUUGAAGACAUUUUCUCUGAAAAUCCUAGACAUAAUAAUUCCACCAAUAAUUCUGAGCUUACAAAAAGUCAUUCAAAAACUGUGACAAAAUGUCAUGAUCAAAAUAGUGUUCUUGAUAACCCUAAUAAUGAUAUACUUGAAUUAGAAAAUUAA